UGUGCAACAACCCUGGCAGCAGGAAGAGGUUUUUCGGCCGAAAAAUAAAGAACAAUAAAACGUUUUGCGGGCCAGCAGCGAAAAACGGAUCGCCAACAAAGAGAGCGAAUGCCGAACUAACCGGUAAUCUCUCGCCCCCGUGCCCGUGACCUGUGACCCCGCGAACCUUCGUGUUUCAGUGUUAAUUUGUUGGAGCAACAAAAUUGGAGCACGCAGCGUGUAAAACUUGCGGAAUUAUCGUGGCACCGCGCGGAGAAAGAGCGAAAGAGAGUGAGAAUUGGGAGAGCGAGAGAAGAGAGAGACUGCCGCACGCAUAAAAUAUGAUCAAAUUGCAAAAUUGAUUUCAAUUGGCCACUCAACAAAAGCAAACAACAAUUUCAAUGUUUGGCACCUGUUGCGACUCUUGAGACUCAUCUAAGCCGCAAAUCAAUCCAAUCAGGACCUGAGCCAAAUUCCGAACCUUUGGCUUUUUAGCCAUGGCGCAGCAAACGCAGCCGCAGCAGCAGGCAGCGCCGUCCACGUCGACGCCGUCGUCCUCUACGGCGGCUGGAACCGGAGCAGCGGCUUCCGGAGCAGGCGGGGGAUCAGCAACGCCCAUCUCAACGCCCUCGACGCCACAGCCGGUUGGAGUUAGCGGACCCAGCAACAAUAACAACAACAACACUCUGGUUUCGCCCUCCGGGAACAACAAUCUAAUGACACCCGUCCAGGCCUUCACUCCGGCCGGACAGCCCGUGUACAAUCCACCCGUCUUCAUGUCCGCCCACGGAGGACAUCCGCACGCCGGAGCCCAUUACCCGGCCAUGAUACCCGCCCCGUUGCCCAGCAACACCGUCUUCGUGAACAACGUCACUGCCAAUGUGAAUCUGCAUGGCUGGCCGCACGGCGUUCCGGCUUACUCGGCUGGAGGUCAGCACCACUACAUUGGACACGGCGAAUUACCCCCUGAUCAGGGCAACACCGUUAUGCCGCAUCUACAGUCCUUGCCCAUCAACUUGGCACCCCAGGGCGGCUCGCCGAAUACCCAUACUCCCGGAAUGGGUGGCGGACGUACGCGGGGACGCGGCCGAGACCGUGGAGGCGGUGGACCGCGACGCAAUAACUACCAUGGGCCACGUCAUCUGCAGCAGCAGCAGCAACUGAUCUCGCUGCCGCCGCAACAGCAAAUGCCGCCGCCUGACGGAGCCAAUCCCGGUCUGCAGCUUCAGCCAGAUCAGUUGGCUCAGCAGAUGCCGCCACCGCCGGAGGCGCAUAUGCAGCACCUGCCGCAGUACUAUGCUCCUCCCCCCUACUCCUACGGCCCGUAUCCCUCGCCCUACUUUGCACCGCAGCACGGAAGCUUGCAACCUCCUCCGAAUCCAACUGCUGCCCAACAGGCCACCGGGACACCGCUCUUCAUCUCCGGCCCGGUGAUGUACAAUCCAACGUGGUUCAAUCCCGGCGGGUACAUCUACCCCAUGAUGCACGCGGCUGAGUACCAGUAUGUCCCCGAAGAUGCUGGCCAGCCGGGAGUCGAUGAGCGGGUCGCCCAGCCGGACGGUGGAAUGACCCAGAUCUGGCACUCAACUCCCAUGUACGCCGAGGACUUCGAAGUGCUCCAGCAGCAGCAGCAACAACAUCAGCAACAGCAGCAACAGGUUGUUGUACAUCCCAAUGGAGGAGUCGCCAGUGUGGGCGACGAGCUGAACCACAACAGCUCCUCGCUGCCCUCCUCGGAGACGUCGAGCAUGCUCAGUCCGAAUUACCCCAUCUACGAUCCCCAAAUGCACGAAAUUCAGCAUCAGAUGGGCGUUAUGCAGAUCUAUGACGACGGCCAGAUGGCCGCCCUGCAACCAAUUCAUCCAGGAGCGGGUGCAGUGCCACAGUACGAAGACGAACUAGCUGAGUGUGGUGCUCCUCCGCCUGGUGCUAUUCCGGUGGCCUGGACCGCAGCCAUGCCCCUGCCACCGGAUGGCGUCCAGCAAGCGUUGCUGCCCCCUCACCACAUCUUACAGCAAACAUCUCCCGUGUUAAUCGAACAGGCUCCUACUUCGCAGCCCCCAACACCCACUCCCCAGCAAGCACAACCGCAUCAGGAGCAAAUGGUUGAGAAGAGUGUGGUAAACAACAACAACGAGGUGGCCUUGGAUGAAAAGUUGGUCAAGGAGAAGCAGCAGCAAAUUGAAUUGGAGUUCCAUCAGCAGCAGCAAGAGCAGCAGAAACAGCAGGAGCUACAGCAGAAGGACAAGCAGCCACACCAGCCGAAGCAGCAACAUCAGCCGCAUCAACAGCAGCAGCAGCAGCAACAUCAGCAAUUAGCCCCGCUGCAGAUUGAAAAGCCGCCAACAAAAGUGCCAAACCUUGUCGUAGCAACAGUGGCACCUCAACUGCAACAGCAACAGCCUGCACCACAGCAACAGCAUCAGCCAGCUCCGCAGCAACAUCAACAGCAACAAACAUCGCCGGUGGUGGCGCCGCCACAGCAGCAGCAGCAGCAACAAGCAUCGCAGCAGACCAGCUACCAUGAGCAACAUCAGAUGCCGCAGCAGCAGCAACAGCAGCCUCAGCCGCAGCGAAAGCCAUCGCAGCAAUACAAUCAAUCGCAGCAGCAACAGGUGCGUCGCAAGUACUCCUCGGAGUACAACCACCACCACCACCAGCACGGCAGCAGCGACACGGGCAUCCAGACCACCAAGAGCAUGUCCUGGACCAAUUCCGCUCAGCACAAAAAGUCCACACAGUCGGUUUCGGUCACUGCCUCGCCCAACAAUGUGAACAACGGAUCGGGAGUGGGUGUUGCCAGUGGACCGGUGGGCAAGUCCAACUACGGAACGAAGACGUUCACCAACCAACAGCACUACCAGCAGCAGCAGCAACACUACCAGAACCAGAGCAGCUACAACAACAACAGCAGCAGCGGCAGCAACAGCUCCAGCAGCAGCAGCAACCAGCCGCAGGUGCGCAACUAUGGCACCAUGAAGGUGCCCUCGUCGCCGGUGGCCAGCACAGCUCCGACGUUGGAGCGCAAGAACAGCCAGCAGGGAGCAGCUCCACCAGCAACAGCAGCAGCAGCUGCAAUCGCAGCGCCAGUGGCAGCCACACCAGCAACUACCUCAACGGCCAGCAUCACGGCCACACCAAAUCAAUUCCAGCAGGAGACUAGCAGCAUCAGUGCGCCAACAGCAGCUGCCACGCAGCAACAGCAGACUGCCCCGCAGCAGCAGCAUCAGCCUGCCCCGCAGCAACAUGUGCCCGUAGCAGCAGCAGCAACCGCAGCAGCAGCAGCGCCACCAGCCAAAUCCUACAGCACCUACGCUGCUAAGAAGCACCAGAGCUACGAAGCCGUGGCCCUGAGCUCCGUGGUGGCCUCCAGCUCGUCGGCCAACCCGCAGCCGCCGCUCAAUCUUGCCCCGCCUGCCCCACCAGCUUCGCAGAACAGCAACGACAGUGCCCAGCUCUCGUGGGCAGGUUUGUUUACCAGCAACAAGCCCGUGGCCAAGGUGGCGCCCUACGAGGCCAGCAAACCUUUGCAGCAACAGCAGCAGCAAUCGCAUCCAGUGCUCCAACUCGCUCCUCCGCAGCCAACUCAAGUGGCGGCUCCUGUUGUGCAAGUGGCACCACCUGCGCAGAACUUGCCCCUGCCCACGGCCCACCAGCAGUCGCAGUUGCCAGCUCCAGUGCCGGCGCCAACCACGCCGCUGGUCACCCCCGGAGUGCUCUCCUAUUCGGCGGCCUCUGCCCAGGCUGUGCCGGCUCCCAGUCCCGCCUCGGCGUCCGUGAAGCCUCUGAAACCGGAGCAACUGCGUCCGGUGCAGCAACAAUUGGAUGAGUGGACCAACAAGUACGCCGAGUUCCUGACGCGCCACAAGACCAACUUGGCCCAGAUCAGCCUGCGUCCCCGGGGACUGACCAACAGGUCCAACUACUGCUACAUCAACUCGAUCCUGCAGGCCCUACUCGGCUGCUCGCCGUUCUACAACCUGCUGCGCUCUAUUCCUAAGCAGGCAGCUGUCUUGAGCGAGGUCAAAACGCCCACUGUGAACGCCAUGAUGUCAUUCAUGACUAACUUUUCAUCGCUGCCCAGCGGUUUGCGCCUGCGCCUGAACAACAUCAACAAGGGAUCCCAGAACAAGGGCAAGGACGAGUUUGUUGGCUCGGAUCUGCAGUGCGACAUGGCCUUCGAGCCCACAGAGAUCUACAAACUGUGGAACGACAGUCGCGAGGAGCAUGUUGAAGGCCGCCAGGAGGAUGCCGAGGAAUUCCUGGGCUAUGUGCUCAACAAGCUUAACGAUGAAAUGCUUGAGGUGAUUAAACUGAUUGACAAACCCACGCCCCAGCAGAAUGGACAGGAGCCAGCGGAGCAAGAGGAUGGCGGCGAUGUCUGGCAGAUGAUUUGCAACAACCGUAACAAGGGCAGCGUCACUCGUCAAACUGACUUUGGCCGCACUCCCGUGAGCGAUAUUUUCCGCGGAGAACUGCGUUCCCGACUCCAACGCGAGGGAGAACACUCCACGGAUGUGAUUCAGCCAUUCUUCACGCUUCAACUGAACAUAGAAAAAGCUGCAUCUGUAAAGGAGGCACUGGAGAUCCUUGUGGGUCGCGAUCAGCUGGAGGGCGUCACCGGCAGCAAGACCAAACAGGAAGUGGUGGCCUGGCAGCAGAUGACGCUGGAGAAGCUGCCCGUCGUCCUCAUAUUGCAUUUAAAGUACUUUGACUACCGGUCUGAUGGUUGCACAAAGAUCUUGAAGAAGGUGGAGUUCCCAGUGGAACUGAAGAUCGAUGCCAAAAUCCUCGGCUCGAAGAAGACUUCGCAGAAGCAGCGCGCCUAUCGCCUGUUCGCGGUUGUCUAUCACGACGGCAAGGAGGCCUCGAAGGGCCACUACAUCACGGACGUGUUCCACACGGGCUACAGCAGCUGGCUGCGCUACGACGACAGCUCGGUGAAGCCGGUCAGCGAGAAGCACGUCCUGCAGCCGCACACCCCUCGGGUGCCCUACCUUCUGUACUACCGUCGCUCGGACACCCUGCCGCCGCAGCAGCAAUCGCAGCAGCAGACCACCAAUGGCGGAGGAUCGGGCGGAGGCUUGGGCAGCAGCUCCUCAUCAUCGAAUGCCGGGGACAACAAAUGAAGUGCGACCGCAACGGGGCGUUGUAAAAUACAUCAGAACUUUAAGUGUUAGGCGAUAUACUACAUAUAUAUUUUUUGUGUCAGUCCGUGUGAGCGAGAGAAAGAGUGCGAGCUUGGUUUUUUAUGCAUAUACGUAUACAAAUUAACAAUUAGAUAUAUUCGAGCGGUAUAUAUUUAAGCCAAAAGUCCAAAGCGCAUGUCCGUGUGUAAGAGUGCGAUUGUGUGAGAAAGAAACUUAGCUCUAAGCUAGACUAGAAUUAAGAUUGAGCAGAAACAUAAGCAAAACUCGUUGGAACGAAAACUUUGUACAAAGUGUUGAGGGAGCGAAGAAGCUCUGUAAACUAAACAGCGAGCAAAUUAUCAUAUUACCUAGUGCUAAAUCUACAACAGCGAAACCCCAAUUAUCUGAGGCACAAAAAGGUCUUAGCCCUUAAUCGUAGUUGAGUGUGCAUAGCUGCUAGGAAAGCCCUCAAAUAUAUUAAUUUUUUUCUCGAUAUGUUAUGACAAACGCUUAGAGCUGUAUAUAUACACAAAUAAUCAUAUAUUGUAGUUGAUCAGUUUCGCGGCAUGCAGCAUGCAUUUAAACAAAACAACCCAGCCACAAUAUAUCGAAUGCUUUGAAUAUGCUUUAAAAAAAUAGGGUCUUUUCGCCAAAAAGAGUAAUUAGAACAGCAGCAUCAGCCAGGUCAUGAUUGAAGGCUGAACUACACGCCCAUAAUUAAUUUCCCUUGAAGCGGCGGAGUGAUGGCGGCUACAGGGUUGGGAACGGCUUUUCGAAAAUACAAACUUUUUUUCAAAAUAAGGACAAUAAUCAAAAAUAAAUUGAAACAAGAAAAAGAAUACGGAAAAUAGGCUUUAAAAGCAUAAAAAACAAAUAUUUUAAAAUAGUUAUUACUACAAUUAAUGGCCUGCAAGAGAUAGUUUAUCUCUCCAUCGCGAAAAAUGCAGAACAGCCGUUCCGAACCCGCAAAAACACCAUUAUGAUAGCCAGCAGCUCCAUCGCCACAACUCCCCAUCCGUUGAGACUUUGGCCAUAAGCAAUUAAACAAGUUAAAUACGCGUUCAUUUUGUAAUUUAUUUUAUAUGUUGUUUAGUUUUACACGCAAUCAGUUACGGAAGGUAGAUUCAUACAUAUAUACGGAACUUGUUAUUCAUAGUUAGUGAAACUUUUUUGGGAACUGUCCCUGACUUGGAUUCGUUGUUUGCCCUCAUGAUAUUCGAGUUCUUCUUAACUUACUUUUCCUAGGUCUAGCAUUUAAUUUGUACAUCAUGUUAGAGAAAUGUGUUGGUAUUGAAACGAAAGAUUUGAAAGGGAAAAAUAAAUAUAUAUGUAAUCGGGUCAAAACUAAAACUAAUCAAUCAUACUAGUUAAUAGCUGUCUAACAAACGUAUACACCCAUAUAUAUUUUCUUAAGCUAUAUAAACGCAUAUAUAUUAUUUAUAGAUAUCGUGCCAAUGUUAAAACAUCUAAAAAUUUACAAAAAAAAAGAAGGAAUUUAAAUAAGAAAAACAUAUAACUUGUCAAAGCUUUGUAUAGUCAGCUGCAUAACGAGAAAGGAAUAUUUAAAGUUAAUCAAUUAGUAAUUACUUAUCAAUCGGAGAGUUGAAAACAUUUUCGGUGACCUAAGAAUUUGAUUUGGGUGUCAAAACCAGGCAAUUGACGAAAUACCAUUGCAUACUUUUGGUCAGCCCUGCAAGGUUUUUAGGAUUCCGAAAAUGUUUGGAAUUUCUUCAUCGGUAGGAUUAUAAACCUGUAAUCUACUUAAGUACCAGUACUUCGGUAGUGAGGGACAAGCGAAAAUCUUGGAAAAUAUUUAAGCUAACCGAAUACUAGAUGAAUGCAUUGACAUAUAUGAUGUAUAUUAUGAAUAGGACACAAAAGCGAAACCAUAAGUUUAAAUCUAAAUAUAUAUAUUUUGAUGUUAUACAAAUAUGAACUAAUUGUAAGCCAAAUUAUAGGAAAACAUUUUUUAUAGAAACUUGUGCGCGUCUGCGUUUUGCUAGUUACAAAUUGGUUCCUAAAACUAUACGAAAAAUGAAAAAAAAAUACAACCACAAAACGUAACGAAAUGUUAAAGGAAAGGAAUAUAAAAAACAAUUAUGAUAUGUGUAGUCUAAAGCCAAGCUAAAACCGUAAAACUAAACAGAAAACCAACAAAAAUACAAUACAUAUAAAUUUAUAAAUCCAAUUUAUACAAAAACCAAGCAAAGCAAACAAUGGAAAGAUUGAAAAAGUUGAAUUACCAUUAACAUAUAUUUUUGCAAGCGAAAUUAGAAUGUCAAACAUAAACGAAAAAACAUUUAGGAUUAACAAUACAACUAAAGACGUAAAAUUGUAACAUUUUUGCUUCAAUGCAUUAUCAUUUUUUUUUUUCAUAAUUGUUAUAUAAUUUAUGGAAUACUCCAAAAAAAGAAUUGUUUAUUCAUAUUUUAAAACUUAUUCACAAUUAACCCGGCUCUUAUUGUUAUGUGUAAUCCGAAGAGUGUGUUUUAAAGCUUAAUUGAAAUUGAAAACUAAAUUUAGUUUAUAUUUACCAAUGCAUCAGUCUUGUUUUGUGAACCUCUAACUGCCCAAUAUUCUUAAAACGCACUGUUCCUAUGUCCUGUUUUUUUAUAAAUCCCAAAUAUGUUUUCCUUGUGACUUUUGAUAACCUUUUUGUAAUCUUCUUUUGAUAUAUGUUGUCCCGAUUUAUGUAUGUUUUAACUUUUAAGUAGUUUCUAAGGCUGUGUAACUAACUAAAAAUAAGUACGAACAUUUUUUGCUUAUGGUCAGGUGUGGAAACUUUUGUAAUUGAGUUCACCGGGCAAUUUUUGUUUAUUUUGCUACCUUUUCCUACUUUUUGAGGCCACUGGCAAAAGGCUCCUCCGAUAAACAGAAAUUGGCAAGUGCACUUACUAAACGUAUAUUGAAGAAUAGCGUGUAAUCUGAGAAGAAAUCGGAAUAAUAUAGCAGCUAUAAGUACGUUUAGCAGCAGACAAACUAAUAUUAAAAGUUUUGUAACCAAGUUUUCUGAGGCCAGACAGACAUGAUUGAAGAGCAAAGCGCUGGCCAAAAACGAGAGUAACAAGACACUAGAUGUUUAACAAUGCGAAAUAAUUAACAAAUCAAUGUGAAGCAAAGUAAUUAGUCCACAUUUAGUCUAAAGAAACCAUGCUAAAGUAAAUCUACAAACUAAAACGAAUUCAGUUGUACUAAGUAAUUAUAACAAACGGAUAAUAUUGUACCAUGGAAAGCAAAACGUAAACAAAAGAAAUGAAAUGAAAGAUUAUCUAGCAAUAAAA